AUGACGGGGCUCGCCAGCGACGGCGCUGUGGACGGCGCGACCAAGGGCCGAGAUGCCGACCAGCCUUCGGCGUCGCCAUCCUCCCCGGCGCGCGCCUCUCUUCUUGGCGCGCACGACGCAUUCCACGACCGCCUGCUGCGGCUGCCCAUCUUCGCGCGCGAGCUGGCUGCAGGUGGGAUCGCGGGCAUGAUCGGGAAGACAUCGGUGGCUCCAUUGGAGAGAGUGAAGAUCCUGUUCCAGACGGGAAGAAUGCAAGGCAAUGGUGUGGGCGAGACGUUGUUGCAGCUCUUGCGGACAGAGGGACUCCUAGGUCUUUACAAGGGGAAUGGGGCCAGUGUUCUACGAAUCAUCCCCUAUUCGGCUCUGCACUUCCAUGCGUACGAAAUAUACCGUCGGGCCCUCCUGCAGCUGCCCAUAAUGCAGCGUGUCCUGAGCUCCUCUUCUGGACAGGGCGCCAUCGACUUUGCUGCCGGCUCGGCAGCCGGAGCCAGUGCGGUGAUUGUUACCUACCCACUGGACUUGAUAAGGACACGUCUGGCCUGCAUGUCCGAAGUGCACAGAGACCGGCCGGCCUCAAGCACGCGAUGGUCAUGGUCUACAAGGCUCACGAUUCGGGGGGUGAUGGGCGAUGUGGUGCAGCAAGAGGGGAUAAUAGGCCUCUACCGAGGGAUCGGUCCCACACUUUUGGGUAUUUUGCCCUAUGCAGGCAUAAAAUUCUACGUGUACCAGUCCCUGAAGCGGCACUACAGGAAUGCUCGGCCCCAGGAGGGGCGGCUGCCUAUCCAUGUAAUGCUGACGUUCGGUGGCAUCGCGGGUCUUGUGGGCCAGACAGCAACGUACCCCUUGGAUGUUGUCAGGCGGCGGAUGCAGGUGCCACAAUACUCAACUGGCUUCCUUUCAAGCUCACCAUCCAAUGCGCUGGAUGGUUCCCUGCGAUCCAAGGCGGUGUAUUCGUCCACCUGGGACGGACUUGUGACCAUCAGCAGGCGCAACGGCCUCAGGGGUCUCUUUGCGGGGCUGAGCAUAAACUACAUGAAGGUGGUGCCUUCCACAGCGGUCGGCUUCACGAUGUACGACCACUUGAAAUCGUACCUGGCACUGAAGGGCAACCUAUGA